AUGUCUCUGAGGAGGAAACUGAGUUGCCUGUGGACCUUAGGUCUGUAUCUGGUAACCACUGAAUCUCUCAAAGUCCCGUCUAUCUCAGACCCUCACUUUAUAGACGAGUGCGUCAAGACCCACAACGAAUGGCGCGGCAAAGUCAGCCCCCCUGCGGCCGACAUGAAAUUCAUGAUUUGGGAUGAAGGUUUGGCAAGAGUGGCUAAAGCAUGGGCAGAAACAUGCCAAUUUAGACACAACACCUGUUUACAAAUGCCAUUUGAUUGCAGUGAAGAUUAUCAGUUUCUUGGAGAAAAUAUCUGGUUAGGUGCAUUAAAAAUAUUUUCACCAAGGGAUGCUAUUGUUGCUUGGUAUAAUGAAACAGAGUUUUAUACUUAUUAUAAUCUAUCAUGUACUAAAGUUUGUGGCCAUUACACACAGGUAGUUUGGGCCAGUUCAUAUAAAGUUGGUUGUGCAAUUAAAAUUUGCCCUAACCUUGGAGAACCUUCUACUUCAAUAUUUGUCUGUAACUAUGCACCUUCAGGAAAUUUUCGAAAUCAACACCCCUACAGAACAGGAGCUCCUUGUUCUCUGUGUGAAGAAAAAGAGGAAUGUGUAAAGAAGCUCUGCCGAAUUCCACAAAUUGUUAUGCCUGAAAUUAUCAAUACCAAUACCAGAGAAGAGCAACGUGGUGCUGCGGUUUAUCUGACACAACAGAAAAGCCGCACAUGGAAGCUGAGUCCAGCUAACACGGAAUGCUUGGCAGAGGACUGGGCCCACUGUCAGCAUUCAGCUCACCUUGCUCUUCACCUAACCCUGCGCAGCCUGCAUGGUGUCAGCUGGACGACGACCCAGCGCCCCCCGCAGGAAUUCCUCCUCUCAGCCACAGACAGCACUUACAGCUCUGCACCAGAGGGCUCUCAGGGCUUUCCCUCUGUCGCCCGGGCUUUGCUGCCAACAAGUCCGGUUGGUGUCUCCCUCCCUCGGAGACCCAGCCUGCGGGGCGUCCCCGCGCCGCCGGGCUCGAGCCUGGGCAGGAGGAUGGAGCCCAGGGAGAGAGAGCGUGGUCCCCGGGCCGGGGAAAAGGCACUGCCGAGCCGUUAA